CUCUGUCUGUCUGUUUAUGGGGUGCAGGGCUCGUCACCAUGGCAACCACAAGCAAUGGAGAGGCUAAUAAAGGAAGCGUCUCUCUCUCUCUGUGUCUGUCUGUCUCUUGCUCGCUCUCAGCCUCGACUUCUUCUCUGUUCCUUUCACAGCAAACCAGCAGCAGCAUUGAAGGAUUUUGGGAUGCGUGUCGUCUUUAAUCAUGAAACGAGGGAAUUCUGGGACCUCGAAGGGAAUCUGGUCGUGACAGACGGAUGGUUUGCAGAUGUUUUAUGGAUCUGAGCUCGCUGUGAAUUAUCAGUUCUAGUGUGUGUGUGUGUGUGUGUGUGUGUGAAUGAUGACACACGUCACAGACGAGGAGACGCGCAUCUGUCCGUCAUGUGCUCGUGGUUUUGACGUUCCUCUCAUUCUGCCCUGCUCUCACACUCUCUGCGGCCGCUGUCUGACCGGAGGGGUGGGGCCUGAUCGAGGAAGGGGCGGAGUCAGGGGCGGGGCCUCCUCCUCUCAUCCAAUCGUUCUCUGUCCGAACUGUUGUCAUGGCGUUGAGCUGCCCUGCUUUGACUGGUCAUCUGCUCUGACCUGUCUGCCCUUUGACCCCACAGUGACCUUUGACCCUACAGAGAGAGUGAAGCGUGAGGAACAGAGAUGGGAGACGGAUGGCAGUGUGGAUCUUUCUGAAAAGGAAAUGGAACAAUCCGUAUCAGGUCUGCUCUUCACCCUCGAUUCGUCCUGCUCUGAUUCAUCACUUCACCUCUCAAGCUCCGCCCUCGCCGUCACCUUCACAGGUCACAUGAUCUCAUCACAUGACCGCAGCGAUCAGGACUCUGGUCCGCUUCCUCAGGUUUGCGGCAGUGUGAGCAUCUCCAGAGGACAGUAUUACUGGGAGGUGGAUGUCUGCAACAGCGCCAUCUACAGGAUCGGAGUGAUUUCAUCAUGUGAUGGGCGUGGCUGGUGGUUGGAGAGGCGUGGCUCUGCGUUUCACACUGUGUUUGACGGACAGCGUGAGCUCCUCCCCUCUGUUCCUCCUCAGCUGAAGACAGUGGGCGUGUUUCUAAAUGUGGGUGGAGCUUCGAUAACCUUCCACAAUCCUGUAACUCAAGAGUUUCUCGCUGCAAUCCCCGCCCACUUCAGUGCCCCCCUCUGUCCAGCUCUUCAAUUGGGUCAGGGAAGACUCAAGCUCCGCCCCGGCCUGCCGCCACCCAAUCACGUCUUCCUCAGCCACAGCUCUGCCUAUCGUGGUCCAGGAGGGGCGGGAAGCGGGCGCUGGAGGCGGGAUGUUGCGUUUGGGUCGGUGAGGGCCGUGAUUCAGAAGUUUGAGGAGAUUUCGACUACGAUUUCGGACUCUGAUUCGGGUCUCGUCUCCAGCAUCAGCUCACUGUCUGAGACCAAUAACAGUACAGAACGGCUCCGAACCAAAACCUAGUGCGCUUUCUACCCAGGCAGCACCCUAGUUAGACAGUAACAUUAUGCCCUCUGAGAUCUACGGAGCCCACAAAGGGACAUGAUGGUGGAAGAAAGUUGGGGUGGGAGGAAAAAAUAUUUUUCAAAUGUUUUGCGUUCCCUCGCAAAGAUAUUUAUAUUCUCUCACAAAACUUUUGCAUUCUCCCGCAAAGAUAUUUGCAUUCUCUCGCAAAACUUUUGCGUUCUCUCGCGAAGAUUUUUGCAUUCUCUCUAAAAACUUUUGCAUUCUCUGGCAAAACUUUUGCAUUCUCUUGCAAAUAUAUUUGUAUUCUCCCGCAAAGAUAUUUGCAUUUUCUCGCUAAACUUUUGCAUUCUCUCUCAAAACUUUUGCAUUCUCUUGCAAAGAUAUUCAUUCUCUCGCAAAACUUUUGCAUUCU